UUGUGAGAUGAGAAAAUGGUGGAAAGGGAGCGACUUAAUGAAGCCAUAGGCCUCUUAACUAAUAUUUUAGAUAGGCCUUCUCCAAAUGUUGUCACAUCGCUGUCAGGAAUGAUGGAUCAAAGGCGACAGUCGACGUCGUCCACAGUAGGCAAUUCUAGUGCGAGCGUUGACGAGGAAUUGCAGCGGGCCUUCAGACGUGGAUCAGGUGCAUCAGGGAGUGGCGGUGGAGCCUCAUUAGGCGCCAACCUGAACCAAGUGCUGCAACCCCGAUAUCAAACUCAGCAGUAUUUUGGGGGAUGGACUUCAAAGUCAAGGAAGAGGACCACUGGCACUGUCCAAAAUCACCCCACCUUCACCAAGGAUGUAAUUCUGUUACCUCAUCCAGAAUGGGAUGCAGUUUGUAAGCACAAAACAAAGAGAAGGCUUCAUCAAAAAGGCUUUAUUUUAAAUGCCUUCGAGAUGAAGAAAAUCUGGGACUGCAGGACAGUCAUUGCUGAGCUAAGGGAAGCAUUCAAGGACAACAUUCCAGAGGGAGUCAGUAUUGAACUUUUGAUGCCAUGUGGAAACAAACUUGUUUCACCAAAGCUGCGUGAGGGACAGGAACUGAAUGGCUUUCUAAUUCACAAAGUGUUUAAGUCAAAGGCAGUGUACAUCAGGCCAUCAAGCAUGCUUCAAAAUACGGUAACCAAUUUCAAACGAUAUGAAGCGAUACUUAUUUUUUUGUAAUUUGUUUGUAGCACAGAGGUUUCUUGUUUUCCCAAUGAACUUAACCCCUUAUAUUAUGUUUUUUAAUUAUUUGUUCACAUUUUUGUUUGUAUGUUUUGUUUUAGUUGGACAGCUCAGAUUCAGAGGAUGGGAAAUCGCAAACACCAAGUCUUCACAGGAAGUGCUCCUCGAUCUUGCAUCCAAAAUUGACACAAACCAAAGAUGCAGGUUUAACAUAAAUAGGUCAGCAGUUCUGGAUGGUGCUGUUCGUGGCUUCAAACGAGUUUCCUACAAUCCUGCAUCCCAGAUGUCCGUCAAGUUUUCCGAUGACUUGGGAAUAGAUGAAGAGGCUGUGGACCUUGGUGGCCCAAGGAGAGAGUUUUUAAGACUCCUUAUGGAAGCAUUGGCACGGUCACCAAUGUUUGAAGGAAGGGACAGCAAAUUGAAUUUGGCUCUACACAGUGCUGCUUUAAGAGAAGAUCGGUAUUUCAUUGCUGGACAGGCCAUUGCUGUUAGCCUUGUUCAUGGGGGUCCUCCACCAGGAUUCCUUGCACCAACACUGUAUUCGUGUCUUGUUGGUGGGCACUCCUCAAUUAAGCCUGACUUGGAGGACAUUGUUGACGCUGACCUUUAUGAAAAGGUUAAAAAGGUGUCAGAAUGUUCUUCUUUGAAUGACCUCUUACACACCACAGAACCACUCCAAGAUUUUCUUGCAAAUGCAGGGUGUCUCAGGCCUUUGAAAUCCAUAGAAGACAGAGACCUGUUGGUCCAAGACAUUACCAUGUUCCAGGUGGUCCACAGAGUUGCAGGAGCAUUUGAAAGAUUUAAGGAGGGGCUAAAGGUCCUUGGCGUUCUAGAUGCAAUUAAAAUGCAUCCAGAAAGUUUCCGGCCUUUGAUGUGCCACGAACCAUCGGCUCUCACUGCUGACGUAAUGGACCAUCUAUUCCAUAUCCUGCUGUCUGAAGUGGGAAGCAACAAAAGAAGGACAGAGGAAGUUGUGGUACCCUUUUGGAGGGAUUACCUGCAGGAUGUGGAAGAUCAAGAGGGACCACCAAAGUUAGGGAAAAUCCUUGCCUUUGCAACAGGUGCAAGUGUCAUCCCUCCAGUUGGCUUCUCUCCUCAGCCAUCAAUUGAUUUCCUGCAUGGGCAUCCCUCCAGCCCCAAACAGCGUCUGCCCAUGGCGAACACUUGCAUAAACUGCCUGAAGUUGCCGCUGCUUGAGACUUAUGAUGAUUUUAAAGAGUGCAUGGACUUUGCACUAGGUAACACACAGGGUUUUGGAAGAGAGUAAUGGGAACAUUAUGUUCGUUCCAUCUACCUCGUUCAUGAGGUUUCAGCCAGGUUCUUGAAGCAAUGUGAACAACAAUUUUUGUUUUUAAUUUUAGCGAAGUGCAAAAAAACAUUAUUCUUUAAAAGUCACUUUUAUUAUUUAUCAACCAUUGUACAUUGCUUUAUUAGUGCUGACUGAGUAACUGGGCACAUCAUUAAGGUAUUAUGGCCCAGUGGUGCAACAAAUCACAUAAAUAUAUAACUUACUUUCAGUCUGUUUAAAAAACAAACAGUGCUUGUUUUGUUACUUUAAGUGUGAACCAUUUCCAGUGUUUACUGUUCACUAAGAACAUUCACCAGAACUAAAAAAAAUGAUAUGCCGUGAUUACCAUCAUCACUCAAAGGGUCAAAUAGUUCUUCAAUUCUGUUCAUCAUGGUUUGAUUAACAUUAAAGUCAUUUACCGGAACCACAA